UGGAGCGCGAGGGUAGACAGGUGUUGGGUUGCGCAAAGGAGAGACACGAUCGCUCCAUACUUCCCCAUGUAUCCUGCCUUCAUUCUCUGCUGUAAUCGCGGAUCUCUAUCGGGAGCCACCAUGGUGCAUCACUCUGGAUCCAUACAGUCAUUCAAGCAGCUGAAGCUGAAGGGUAUGCACACUAGUAUCAGUGAGAUUUUGAAGGAGAAGACACUGAAGUCAUCGCGCCGCAGUUUGCCAUGUCUGGCACAGAGUCAAACACAUCCUGAGAACCUCAAUCACUUCCUGUCUGUGCCUCUGAGUCCUACACCCAAGACAUACACAAACAGCGUCAGUGCCUCCUGCACACAUAUCACACCUCCACCUACAGACACAGGUCAGGAUGUUUACAUGGAGGAGAGGGAGGUGGGAGAGUUUGAACCUAAAACAGAUGAGAAGCUGCUCGUCCAGCAGAAGCCUCUCUCAAGAGGAAAACUAGAGGCUCGCACAGACUCCAUAAAGGGGAACAAUCUAGAAAAGCCCUCUGGAUUAAUGUUCCGAGAUGGCAAGAAACGCAUUGACUACAUAUUAGUGUACAGGAAAUCCAGUCCUCAGGUGGAGAAGAGAUGUACAUUUGAGAGGAACCUGCGAGCAGAAGGUCUGAUGCUGGAGAAGGAGCCUUCAUUAACCAACAGUGAUAUCAUGUUUGUGAAGAUUCACACGCCGUGGGACACUCUGUGUAAAUAUGCCGAACAGAUGAACAUCAGAAUGCCAUUCAGGAAAAAGUGUUACUUUACAGACUGGAAGAAAAAGACUAUGGGCAGUCUAUUUCAGCUGAAACGUCGACAGUUGAAGAGUUGGCUGCCCAGGAACCCGAUGAAACUUGAUAAAGGGGCAUUACCAGAUCUGGAGGAUACUGACUGCUACACGGCUCCCUUCAGCCGGGCCAGAAUGCACCAUUUUACCAUCAACAAAAGAGAGACGUUUUUUUCGAACUCAACCAGGAGCAGAAUAGUGCAUCAUGUACUACAGCGGACUAAGUACGAGGACGGCAAGUCUAAAAUGGGUAUCAAUCGGUUACUUGGCAACAGCACGUAUGAAGCAGCAUUUCCUCCACAUGAGGGGAGUUACAAAAGCAGACACCCAAUAAAGACCCACGGUGCUCAAAACCACAGACACCUGCUGUACGAAAGAUGGGCACGCUGGGGCAUCUGGUACAAAUAUCAGCCAUUAGACCUCAUACGGCGGUACUUUGGUGAGAAAAUCGGCUUGUAUUUCGCGUGGUUGGGCUGGUACACUGGUAUGCUGAUCCCUGCUGCUCUAGUCGGCCUCUUUGUCUUCCUCUAUGGGCUUUUCACCAUGGACUCCAGUCAAGUCAGUAAGGAGAUCUGUGAAGCCAACACCACUAUCAUGUGCCCAAUGUGUGAAGGCAACUGUAGCUCAUGGACUCUGAGUGACAGCUGUGUCUAUGCAAAGGUGACUCAUCUCUUUGAUAAUGGAGGCACAGUCUUCUUUGCUAUCUUCAUGGCGAUAUGGGCCACUGUGUUCCUUGAGUUCUGGAAGAGGAGGAGGGCGGAGCUAACGUACAACUGGGAUUUGAUUGACUGGGAGGAGGAGGAGGAAAACCUACGGCCGCAGUUUGAAGCCAAAUACUCUCGUAAGGAGCGAGUGAAUCCCAUCUCAGGAAAACCAGAGCCCUUCCAGCCCUUCACAGAUAAACUCAGCCGUCUCAUGGUGUCUGUUUCUGGUAUAUUCUUUAUGAUCUCUCUGGUUCUGACCGCUGUGUUUGCUGUGGUGGUGUUCCGGCUCAUCGUCAUGGAGAAGUUUGCCUCAUUCCAGUGGGAGUUUGUGAAGAAGAACUGGCAGUUUGCCACCUCAGGCACUGGAGUCUGCAUCAACUUUAUGAUCAUAAUGUCUCUCAAUGUGGUCUAUGAGAAAGUGUCCUACCUACUUACAAACCUGGAACACCCACGGACAGAAUCGGAGUGGGAAAACAGCUUUGCCCUCAAGAUGUUCCUUUUCCAGUUUGUAAAUCUCAACAGCUCUACCUUCUACAUAGCGUUUUUCUUAGGAAGGUUUGCUGGCAGGCCAGGCGACUAUAAUAAGCUGUUUAACCGAUGGAGAAUGGAGGAGUGUCAUCCCAGUGGUUGUCUAAUCGACUUGUGCCUACAAAUGGGAGUGAUCAUGGUGUUGAAACAGAUCUGGAAUAACUUCAUGGAGCUGGGCUACCCACUGCUACAGAACUGGUGGUCUCGGCGUAAGAUGAAGCGUGCAGGAGAGCAGAAUAACAGUAAAGAAGAGCUGCCACAGUGGGACAGAGACUGGAACCUGCAGCCCAUGAACGCACAUGGCCUGGUGGAUGAAUACCUGGAGAUGGUUCUUCAAUUCGGUUUCACUACUAUCUUCGUAGCUGCUUUUCCUCUGGCUCCUCUGCUCGCUCUCCUCAACAACAUCAUUGAGAUCCGACUGGACGCCUACAAGUUUGUCACGCAGUGGAGAAGACCUAUGCCUGCACGCGCAACUGACAUCGGUAUAUGGCAUGGUAUCCUGGAAGGAAUUGGAGUUGUGGCUGUCAUAACAAACGCCUUCGUCAUUGCCAUCACGUCGGACUACAUCCCUCGCUUUGUCUAUGCUUUCAAAUAUGGUCCCUGUGUAGACCGAGGUUACCGGCAUGAGAAAUGUCUGAGAGGAUACUUGAACAACAGCUUGUCUGUUUUUGAUAUGGGUGAACUAAAAAAUGGAAGUCAUCUGGCACAAUACUGCAGAUAUCGGGAUUACAGAGCGCCUCCGUGGAGUCCUGAACCUUACGAGUUCACUCUGCAGUUUUGGCAUGUUCUGGCUGCAAGGCUUGCCUUCAUCAUCGUCUUUGAGCACCUGGUGUUUGGCAUUAAGACCUUCAUAGCUCACAUGAUUCCAGACAUGCCCAAAGACUUGAGUGACCGCAUGCGCAGAGAGAAAUACCUGAUGCAGGAGAUGAUGUACGAGGCGGAACUUGAGCACUUGCAGAAAGUACGGAAAAAGAACGGCAAACGUUAUCACCAUGAGUGGCCUUAG